CAAUCCAAAUACAGGGGAUACAGAGAUAUCUUAGUCUAUUUGGAUGAAGAAAUGCAGGAGACGCUAAGGGUGAUCUCAGUCCAUUUCAUAUCCAAAUAUAGGAAAACAUAAUUUCAGUCUAUUUGGAUGAUUUAAACGAUGAAGGAAUGUAGGGAUUUGCAAGAAAAAUCCAGUCCAUUUCUGUACGUUGGGAAAAGAUUGACGUAGAGGAAAAUUUUCACUGUUUGUUACCAUAGUAACCUAAUAGAAAGAAAUCACCAGAGCCUUCAAUUCAGCUGAAUGACCAAUCAAUUGGAAAAACAGUUAAAUUGAGAGAAACUAAAUCGAGGAAAAAUGAUUUCAUUUCUAGCUGAACUUCAAUAUUUCUCCAUUUGUUGAGGCCGGUGAUGGAUCCGUGAGCUCUCGAUGGGAAGAGUGGAAGGAGCAAUUUGUGGCAUAUCUUUUGCUAAAAGAAGUUGAUAACCACAAUGAGAUGUACAAGGCUCUCAUGUGCUUCGGAGGUGCAGAUGUACGGAAAAUCGCGAAAACGGUUUCAGUGAAAGAUGACAGCGUGAUGGAUAACCCAUACCGGGCAGCGAUUGAUGCUCUCGAUAAUUAUUAUUCACCCCGCAUGUCGCUACGGUAUGAGCGAUUUAAAUUUCGGCAGCUGCAAUUCAAUCCAAAAGAGAAGCUCGACCAGUUCCUAAUUCGGUUGCGGACGCAAGCGGAACUUAGCAACUUUGGAGAGCAAACGGAGAAUAUGAUCAUGGAUCAAAUUGUGUGUGCUACGCAGCACGAUGACAAGCUCAGGGCGAAGUACCUUGAAGCUGAUACUUCUCUUGACGAUAUGCUAAAGAUUGGUCGAACAUACGAAUCAGUCAACAAACAGGUGCAAGAAUUCCGAAACACAUCCAGCGAACCUUCAGAACUAAACAUCAUGAAUCGUGCGUCCAGUGUAUCAACCAAAUCCUCGAGUCAGAACUGCUCAAGAUGUCUCCGAAACCACCACUCAACCGAUCCGUCCUGUCCUGCGAAAACAUCGAGGUGCAACAAGUGCAACAGAAUUGGACAUUUCGCACGCUGUUGUAAAGGAACUUGGAAAAGCCGUGUUACCAAAGUGAAGACCGUCAACAACGAUAGAGGCCUGGAGUUGGAGAGGAAGCCAAAGUUCAUACGGGAGAUCGACGAUGUCACGAAGGAUGUAGAAAUUCGCGAAUUGUUCCACUUGGAGGGUAAACGUACUGUAGCUGCUGCUGUUGGUGGCGUUAAUCUCCGUUUCAUCGUCGAUACCGGAGCAGAUGAAGAUGUUCUGGGUAUUCAGGAUUGGAAUACAUUGAAACGAACGGGAUUCAAGGCUUUCGCUAUCAAGAAGGGCAGCGAUAAAAUCUUCCGAGCAUACGGCACAAGGACUCCGUUGGUCGUACUUGGUGAAGUUGAAGCAAAAGUGGAAAUCGGUGGAACAUCGUGUAUUACAACCUUCUUCGUCAUCCAAGAUGGAAGAUGUUCACUACUAUCCGGGAAAACAGCAGAGAAAUUAGGAGUAGUGAAAUUUCUCCGAGCAGUCACGCCUGCCAUGUCCAGCAUCAAAGGUGAGGUUGACAAUGUUUAA